GGAACUGGAUAAGGAGUUGAACCAUUAAAUUUGGGUCACAUUCUCUCCCUCGCUUCCAAAAGAAAAAGACCUCUUUUUCUAUCGCAAAUUAACCCUAACCCCUCAUCUCUCUCUAAGGCGUUUCCUCGUUCUCUGUCUAGAAAGGGUUUGAUUUUGGAGGGAGAAAAUGGGGUUCUUGGUGCAGACUUAGAGGGCAAAGAAGAGGGUCGUUGAGAUAUAUAUGUUGGUAGGAUCUUCGGUUCUGGUUAUAUGGAAGACAGCGGAGGCUUGGGCGUGCGAACAUGGGGGCUCCCCAACCAAUCUCUGAAGGAGAACAGGGUGCUGCAGUUCAUAUCUGCGGUGGCCGAGCGAGAGAAGGCCCUCAUGCCGCCGGACCGCGAUUCUGUUGCUGCCGCUGCUGCAGCGGCAGCGGCUGCUGCACAUCACGGCAACGCAAGGUUUAUGGACAGGAACGGCUCCAUCUCGGCGUACUCGGUAGCGCACACCGCACCGAUCGAGUUCUCGAGGGAGGCAUGGCUGCACCAUAGAGAUUUGCAAUGCGUCACUGCCACGAACGCGAAGCUUUUCCACCCAAUGCCGUCGAACUCGAAUUACGGUGGCAAAGAUUUUGGCGCUGUUCUGCACGAGCCGUCGGCCACCCAGAUGCUGCAGAUCGGCCCCUCUGGUGCGGUGAAGCAGGAAACCCUGCAGGAGGGUGCGGUCGGUAUAUCGGACGGCGUAGGGAGGACGGAUAAUCCAGCGAAGAAGCAGCCAAAGAAGGCGAAGAAGGCCAGGACGAAGGUUUCGGUGGUGAAGGACGAGGCCAACGGCUCUGGUCCUUCUCAGAAGGCGGUGAAGAAGAACGUUGGCGUUGUCGUCAAUGGGCUCACUUUGGAUCUCUCCUGCAUUCCGGUGCCUGUCUGUUCGUGUACUGGAGUCCCACAACAGUGCUAUAAAUGGGGUUCUGGUGGAUGGCAGUCGGCUUGCUGUACAACGAGUUUGUCAAUGUAUCCAUUGCCUAUGAGCCAGAAGAGGCGGGGAGCUCGGAUAGCAGGGAGGAAGAUGAGCCGAGGGGCGUUUAAGAAGGUUUUGGAGAAGCUUUUAUCUGAAGGACAUAGUCUAUCUAGUCCGGUUGACCUAAGACCUUACUGGGCCAAACAUGGUACUAACAAAUUUGUUACUAUCAGGUAAACUUUAGAUAAUCGAUGUUGGUAUCUUCCAUCUGAUCUCAUGUUAGGCCUCUAGAAUGAUGUAUUGGCCGGCUUCGGUUGUAUAUAUCUUUUAGGCCCUUUUGUAGAGGUGGUUUUUUGAAUUAGUCUGUAACCCCCCAGAAAUGAUCCUGGUCAUAUCACAGUGUCGUCGGAAGCUAAAACAAUUCCUUUUUCUUGCAAUUUGGUGUUUUUGCAUUAUUAUGCAAUUUGAGACAGAUAUAGUUUUUUCCAUUAUGGAUUUGGAUCGUCUUCUUAAAACUCAAUAUGUUCUGGGGCUUUUUGUUGAAAUGCUUAAUGAAUUGCAAACACAAAAGAAAAAUUGUUUAAAGGCA